AUGAAGAAUGACGACUGGAUGGACAAGUGCUUUUUGUUAGUGAUGGUAGAAUCCAUGGAUGAGGAGGAGAUUUUUCAUGCUGCUGGAUGUGUAGGAAGAAAGAUGGGCUCUGCGCUUUCAUGGUGUGGUGUGAAGAGUAAGAAAGAAAACGGACAGAAGCAAAGACAUUUGCGAGCAAACGACAGAGAAUUUAAUCUCUCCUUUGGAUACGCUAACAACACCAUCAAAACCUCUAAAUACAACAUCUUCACCUUCCUGCCACUCAAUCUGUUCGAGCAGUUCCAGCGUCUGGCCAACGCCUACUUCGUCUUCCUGCUCAUCUUACAGUUGAUCCCGCAGAUCUCGUCUCUAUCAUGGUUCACUACAGUGGUGCCGCUGCUCCUGGUGCUGAGCAUCACACUGGCCAAAGACGGUUCCGAUGAUGUCAAGAGACACAAAAAUGACAAACAGGUGAACAAUCGUAAGGUCGACGUCCUCAUCAACGGACAGCUGAGGACUGAAAAAUGGAUGAAUGUUCAAGUGGGCGACAUCAUUAAGCUGGAGAACAACCAGUUUGUCACGGCUGAUCUGCUGCUCCUGUCCAGCAGCGAGCCCCUGAACCUCAUCUACAUCGAGACGGCUGAACUGGACGGGGAGACCAAUCUGAAGGUUAAACAGGCUCUAACAGUCACAGGAGAGAUGGGAGAUAACAUUGAGAGACUGGCGGCUUUUAACGGUGAGGUGCACUGUGAGGUUCCCAACAACCGUUUGGAUAAGUUUACAGGAACAUUGACUGUGAAUGGGGAAACAUUUGCUCUGGAUAAUGAGAGGAUUCUGCUCCGAGGCUGCACGCUGCGCAACACAGAAUGGUGUUUCGGUCUUGUGGUGUUUGGAGGUCCUGACACCAAGCUGAUGCAGAACUCUGGGAAAUCAGUCUUCAAGCGUACGAGCAUCGAUCGCCUGAUGAACAUCCUGGUUCUGUUUAUUUUCGGCCUUUUGGGGCUUAUGUGCACCAUUCUGGCUAUCGGGAAUUCGAUUUGGGAGCAUCGGGAGGGCGUUUCGUUUACAGCCUUCCUCCCGCUGCAGGACGGCACUGAUGCCACAUUGUCCAGUUUCCUGUCCUUCUGGUCCUACGUCAUCAUCCUUAACACAGUGGUCCCCAUUUCACUCUAUGUAAGCGUGGAGAUCCUCCGACUUGGAAACAGCUACUACAUCGACUGGGACAGGAAGAUGUACCAUGCUAAGAAUGAUACACCAGCCCAGGCCAGAACCACAACGCUAAAUGAAGAGCUGGGCCAAAUCAAAUACAUCUUCUCUGACAAAACAGGCACCUUAACCCAAAAUAUUAUGGCCUUCAAUCGGUGCUCCAUCAAUGGGAAGUCAUAUGGUCAAGUUGUGGACUUCUCUGGACGUAGAUUAGAGAUCACUGAGAAAACAGAGACAGUGGACUUUUCUUGGAACUCAAUGGCUGACUCAAAGUUCUCCUUCUACGAUCAUGCCCUUGUGGAAGCAGUGAAGAUAGGAACUCCUGAGGUUCAGGCCUUUUUCAGACUUCUCGCACUCUGCCACACUGUCAUGCCCGAGGAGAAGACUGAGGGUCAGCUGUUCUACCAGGCCCAGUCUCCUGAUGAAGGAGCGCUAGUCACUGCAGCGCGCAACUUUGGCUAUGUGUUUCGCAGUCGCACCCCUGAGACUAUCUCAGUGGUGGAGAUGGAUAUCCACACCACGUACGAGCUGCUGGCUGUGCUGGACUUCAACAAUGUCCGCAAGAGGAUGUCAGUCAUUGUGCGGAGUCCAGACGGCAGGCUCACUCUGUACUGUAAAGGGGCAGACACCAUCAUCUAUCAGAGGCUUCAUCCAUCCUGCUCCAAACUAAUGGACGCCACCACCGAACACCUCAAUGAGUUUGCCGGUGAAGGCUUACGCACUCUGGCUCUGGCCUAUAAGGACUUGGAUGAAGCUGAAUUUGCUGCUUGGAGACAGCGCCACCAUGAGGCCAGCACUGCACUGGAGGACCGUGAGGCGAAGCUCGAUGCCAUAUAUGAGGAGAUCGAGAAGGAUCUCAUGUUGAUCGGGGCGACUGCAGUGGAGGAUAAACUGCAGGAUGGAGUUCCUCAGACCAUCGAGCAGCUCUCCAAAGCCGACAUCAAGAUCUGGGUGCUAACAGGAGACAAACAGGAGACGGCGGAGAACAUCGGAUACUCCUGCAACAUGCUGCGUGAGGAGAUGACUGAGGUGUUCAUCAUCGCCGCUGACACGCCAGAGGAGGUGCGGGAGGAGCUAGUGAACGCCAGGAAAAAGAUGUCUCCGGGAUGCUCAGAUGAGCCGCCCUACCUGGAGAGCAGGAUUAUGGGUAAAAAGUCUCGGGUGCUGCUGGAUGAGAAGGUGGAUGGAGAGUACGGCCUUGUAAUAAAUGGACACAGUCUGGCUUAUGGUCUGCAGAAGGACCUGCAGGUGGAGCUGUUGCGCACAGCGUGUAUGUGUCAGACGGUGAUCUGCUGCAGGGUCACCCCGCUGCAGAAAGCUCAGGUGGUGGAACUGGUCAAGAAGCACAAGAAAGCCGUGACCCUCGCCAUCGGAGAUGGAGCCAACGAUGUCAGCAUGAUCAAGGCGGCUCAUAUUGGCGUGGGGAUCAGUGGGCAGGAGGGCAUGCAGGCAGUUCUGUCCAGUGAUUUCUCCUUUGCUCAAUUCCGGUACCUUCAGCGCCUCCUGCUAGUCCAUGGUCGCUGGUCGUAUCUGCGCAUGUGCAAGUUCCUGCAUUACUUCUUCUACAAGAACUUCAGCUUCACCUUCGUGCACUUCUGGUAUGCCUUCUUCUGUGGCUUCUCUGCCCAGACGGUGUAUGAUGAAUGGUUUAUUACACUUUAUAACCUGGUGUACACAGCCUUACCCGUCAUUGGUCUGAGCCUCUUCGAUCAGGAUGUUAAUGACCGCUGGAGCCUCGAGUACCCUCAGCUGUAUGGACCGGGACAACAGAACAUGUACUUCAGUAUAAAGGCGUUCUGUAAGAUCCUGUUGCACAGCUGCUACAGCUCACUCGUGCUCUUUUUUCUGCCAUAUGCCGCCAUUCACGACACGGUACGCGAUGACGGCAAGGACAUCGCUGACUACCAGUCGUUUGCUCUGCUCGCCCAGACCUGCCUCCUGUUCACUGUCAACAUUCAACUGGGUUUGGACACGUACUACUGGACGGUGGUGAAUCAGCUCUUCCUUUGGGGAAGUCUGUGUAUGUACUUUGCCGUCACCUUCACCAUGUACAGCAACGGCAUGUUCCUCAUUUUCACCUCCUCCUUCCCCUUCAUUGGUACUGCAAGGAAUUCCCUGAACCAGCCCAAUGUUUGGCUCACCAUCUUCCUCACCACCAUCCUGUGUGUGCUGCCCGUGCUGGCGUUCCGAUUCCUGCUCAUCCAGCUCCGACCGACCAUCAACGACAAGGUGCGUUACAAAAUCAGCAAAACCAAAGCCGUGGAUACUCCAAAAAAGCCCCGCUUCCAACGGACACGCAUCAGCACCCGUCGCUCCGGUUAUGCCUUUUCGCAUGCUCGCGGUUAUGGUGACCUUGUGACCUCGGGCGGUUUCCUGCGCCGACCCGUGAAGAACCGCCCGACGCUUUUCCCUUUAGCAGAGUCCCCUGUAGCGCAGAACUCUCCACAAACAUAUCGCAGCAUCACUUCCUCCUAA